AUGAGAAACAUCAAACCCACUAACCCUGUCAGACAUGGAGACCGGAGAGUGUUUGUACAUAAAGACCUGCAAGCAACGUCCCACGUGUGGCUUAGGGAUGAUACGGUGCGCCCGCCGCUCGUUUCGCCUUACUCUGGACCAUACAGGGUAAUCACAAGAGGAAGCCACAGCUUCAAAAUCGAUAAGGAUGGUAAAGAAGAGACAGUCUCAAUUGAGCGGCUUAAACCUGCUUACACCGAAGAGGAUACACUCCUUCCUCGGUCUGCAAAAUCACCCUCAAACGUGGAGGCCAAAGAAACAGCAGAGAGUCUCGCCCAGCCCUCGGUUGCAGAAGAGAACAACGAAGCAGCAAGUGCAGAACAGGAGCAGCCAUUGCCUGCACCAGAUGUUUUCACGAGAGCUGCAGCGGUCAAGCCGGCAGCAGCCAGCCACCCCUCCAGCAGCAGCAACGGUCCCGGCCAGCAGCAGCAGUCCAGCCGGCAGCAGCCAGCCAGCCCUCCAGCAGCAGUAGCAGCAGCGGAACCAGCCAGCAGCAGCGGUCAAGCCGGCAGCAGCCAGCCACCCCUCCAGCAGCAGCAACGGUCCCGGCCAGCAGCAGCGGUCAAGCCGGCAGCAGCCAGCCAGCCCUCCAGCAGCAGCAGCAGCGAUCCUGGCCAGCAGCAGCGGUCAAGCUGGCAGCAGCCAGCCACCCCUCCAGCAGCAGCAGCAGCAGCAGCAGCAGCAGCAGCGGUCCCGGCCAGCAGCAGUGGUCCAGCCGGCAGCAGCCAGCCACCCCUCCAGCAGCAGCAGCAGCAGCAGCGGUCCCGGCCAGCAGCAGCGGUCCAGCCGGCAACAGCCAGCCAGCCCUCCAGCAGCAGUAGCAGCAGCGGAACCAGCCAGCAGCAGCGGUCCAGCCGGCAGCAGCCAGCCACCCCUCCAGCAGCAGCAACGGUCCCGGCCAGCAGCAGCAGUCCAGCCGGCAGCAGCCAGCCAGCCCUCCAGCAGCAGCAGCAGCAGCAGCAGCGGUCCCAGCCAGCAGCAGCGGUCCAGCCGGCAGCAGCCAGCCAGCCCUCCAGCAGCAGCAGCAGCGAUCCCGGCCAGCAGCAGCGGUCAAGCCGGCAGCAGCCAGCCACCCCUCCAGCAGCGCCCUAG